AUGUCUUCUAGAUUGACUAUCACGGGCGUCCAAGGGCGCAAAAUUACAAUUCCGACGGGACUUUUUAUCCACAAUGAAUUUGUUCCCUCCUCUACCGGCCAAACGCUAGCUGUGGAAAAUCCCUCAACUGGUAAACAACUUGGCACAAUCUCCGCCGCGGGCCUGGAGGAUAUCAACAAGGCUGUGGAAUCCGCAAAGUCAGCCUUCAAAACAUGGAGAACAGUUUCCGGACCUAUCAAAGCCCAGCUAUUGCUCAGGCUUGCAGAGCUGCUCGAGCGUGAUGCGGAAGAUCUGGCUUCACUGGAGGCCGUUGAUGCUGGCGUUCUGUAUACCGAUUCAAUCGGAAUGAACAUCCCUCAGGCGGUCGGCUGUCUGCGAUACUAUGCGGGCUGGGCGGGGAAGAUCGACGGCAAGACACUUGACAUGGAAGGUGGCAUUGCCUAUACCCAUCGCGAGCCUUUGGGUGUCUGUGGUGCGAUUGUGCCUUGGAAUGCUCCGCUAAUGAUCACUAUUUGGAAGCUGGCUCCUGCUCUGGUAACUGGUAACGUUUUAAUCAUCAAGUCUUCCGAGCUAUCACCACUAUACGCCCAGAGGCUUGCCGAGCUGGUAAAGGAGGCCGGCAUUCCUCCUGGUGUUGUGAAUAUCGUUGCCGGCGAGGGCGCCAGCGCAGGCCAAGCUCUGUCGGAACAUAUGGAUGUACGCAAGAUUGCCUUCACUGGCAGUGCUCUUGCAGGGCGCAAGAUCUUGCAAGCAGCAUCCCGAACCAACCUAAAGAAGGUCAGUCUAGAACUCGGCGGCAAAGGGCCGUCUAUUGUCUUUGAUGACUGCGAUAUUGAAAAUGCACUUCUCUGGACUCGCAUUGGAAUCACAGCCAACAAUGGGCAAAUAUGUGCAGCUGGGUCACGUAUCUACGUUCAGGCCUCUAUUUAUGAUCGAUUUGUCGAGGCUUACAAAAAGGCCGCGGCUGAUGCUCCGACAGUCGCCGGUAAUCCAUUAGAUGCUUCUACUACAAAGGGGCCGGUGGUUAGUCGUGUGCAGCAUGAGAAGAUUCUGGACUUCAUUAGUCAAGGAAAGAAAUCUGGAGCCAAGCUUCUAUUUGGUGGUGAGCGGAUCGGCGAUAAGGGAUAUUUCGUCGAAAACACUGCUUUUGCAGACGUUGGUGAUGAUGCGACAAUCAUGCGAGAGGAGAUAUUCGGUCCUGUUGCGAGUAUUGCCAAAUUUACCACGGAGGAAGAAGUGAUCUUCAAAGCCAAUGAUUCUCAUCACGGCCUCAGUGCUGCCAUCUUUACCAACGAUGUUAACCGCGCUCAUCGUGUGACUAAGGAGCUCGAGUCAGGCCAAGUGACUGUCAAUGCGUGGGCAAUGCUCAGCCCCAAUGUUCCAUUUGGGGGUGUGAAGGAAAGUGGAUUUGGACGAGACAUGGGCGAGGAGGCUCUCGAGGGUUGGACCACUGUGAAGGCUGUCAAGUAUCACAUUCUUCCAAGGCUCUGAGCAUUAUAUAUUGCUAAAUAGGUGUCUCAUCCCUCAAUUUGUAGCAAUGUGUUUUUUUUUAAUGAUCCUAGUUGUAAAC